UUUCGAUUUUCAAGGUUUUGUUUGUUACAUUAGCUUAUGUAAAUGAAUUUGGAAGGAAACGAGGGGAGUUCUUUGAGACGUAAGUGGAAUUCUGUUGGAAUAGCAGUGGAUUUCUGUUGUCUGUGGAAGAGUUUCCCUUUCUGGUCUGGGUAGUUGAUUUUGUGUUAAGAAAAUGCUAAGAACCUUAGGAUUAAUGUCAUCGUUUGAUGCUUGGUGGACGGUGAUAAUUUCAGGAAAAUUUUCCUGCAAGUUGCUGUGGCUGAGCCGGAGGGGCAUACAGGUGUUGGAGUAGGAGGAUAAGUUAAAUGAAGUGCUUGGGAGUCGUUUGAGAGUGCAGAAUGAGUUGUGGAGAGGAGAGCAAAGAAGGUGGAGAUGAAGGGGAAAUUAAGCGGACGGCGAAGGAGAACUCUGUUGAGAUUGGUGGUAACAUCGAGAAACAUUCAGUCACACCGAAUGGAUUGAUUCCAACGUCAGAGUUCCAGAUUGACGAGAAACUGCUGAUAGACCCAAAAUUACUAUAUGUCGGGUCUAAAAUCGGAGAGGGAGCUCAUGGGAAAGUUUAUGAAGGAAGAUAUUGUGAUCAAAUUGUUGCUGUCAAAGUUCUCAAUCGUGGAAAUACCCCAGAAGAAAAAGCUAAACUUGAAGGACGUUUUAUCCGUGAAGUUACAAUGAUGUCUAGAGUAAAACAUGAGAACCUUGUCAAGUUCAUUGGAGCUUGUAAGGAUCCUUUAAUGGUGAUAGCUACAGAGCUUUUGCCAGGAAUGUCACUUCGGAAGUAUUUGGUCAGUAUACGUCCAAAACUAUUAGAUCUUCGUGUAGUGAUAGGUUUUGCCCUUGAUAUUGCUCGGGCCAUGGAUUGUCUACAUGCCAAUGGGAUUAUACACAGAGAUCUUAAGCCUGACAAUUUGUUACUAACGGAGAAUCAAAAGUCUGUAAAACUUGCGGAUUUUGGUCUUGCAAGAGAAGAAUCUGUGACUGAGAUGAUGACUGCAGAAACAGGAACCUACCGUUGGAUGGCUCCUGAGAAAUACUCUUUUUACCAGGAAGCUGACUCUGAAUUGCAGUUAUAUAGCACUGUGACUUUGCGUCAGGGAGAGAAGAAGCAUUACAACAACAAGGUUGAUGUCUAUAGCUUCGGAAUUGUCUUAUGGGAGUUAUUGACCAACCGAAUGCCAUUUGAAGGCAUGUCAAACUUGCAGGCUGCUUAUGCUGCUGCUUUUAAGCAAGUGAGGCCGACUUUGCCUGACGACUUACCUCCUGAUCUUGCAUUCAUCAUACAAUCAUGUUGGGUGGAGGACCCUAAUGUUCGGCCCAGCUUCAGCCAGAUCAUUCGCAUGCUAAAUGCAUUCGUUUUCACGCUCACACCUCCCAUGCCAGAAUCAGACACCCCCAAAGUAGCAGCACCAAGUCAUGAUGGUGUGAUCACAGAGUCCUCUGCACGUGCAAGAGGGAAGUUUUCUUUCCUUUGCCAACUUUUCGCAGCAAGGAGAACAAGGAACAUGCAUUGAAGGGGUGAAUUUUGGUAAGUUUGUUUAUUUUGACCAAAGAAGUCCCUCCAUGGUCGGUAUAUAUUCUUCAGUUGAUUGGUGAUUAAUUGUCUGAAACAUGGCGGCUUGCAAGGAUGAGAAAACUGGAUGAAAAUACUGUUAGUAUUAGUAGAAAGCCACAAAUAAAAGUGGAAUGUAGAAAAAA